GGAGUCAACCAGGUACCUGGAGACCUGCUCGAAGUACUUUGACGCCGCGACCAACGGCAGCAGCGACCUCGCGAAUCUGGACGGGCUAAUGGGCAAGGCCAAGGUCCUCGAGGGGAAGCGGCAGUGGCAGCCGGCGCUGGACUUCCUGAACAAGGUGAUCGUCACCUGGUCGUGGUACCUGCCCGCCCUCGUGGAGAAGGCCAGAACGCUGAUGAUGACGGCCGACUGGGACCAGGCCCUCGAGUCCGCGGGCCGGAUACAGCAGCAGGAGCCCAACAACAUCGAGGCCAUCCGGCUGAACGUGCUCUUCCUGCUGUCCCGCGAGUCCCGCCUCGACGCGGGGGCGGAGAAGCUGCGAGAGCUCGUCGGCGCCAUCCAGCAGCAGGAGCCGGGGAACCACGACCUGGUGCUGUCCUGCGUGCAGCUCUUCUCCCGCUUGGCGGGCCGUCACAAGGGCGUCCUACAGAUCACCGCUGGCAUGAUCAAGAAGACGUCCGAGGCGUGCCCAAACCAGGCCAAGUACCUGACCGAGCUCGGCUGCCAGCAUAUGCUGCAGGGCGACAUCGCCAAGGCGGAGCGCAGCUUCCACGAGGCCGUGACGAAGGACGAGACCGACGUGCGCGCCCUCUACGGAAUCAUCCAGUGCCGCAUUCAGGAGGGGAACCUGGACGAUGCAGAGGAGCAGCUGGAGUUCCUGAGCGAGAUCCAGGUGUCCGUUGGGAAGUCCCCUGACUUGGCAUUCCUGCAGUCGCUGCUGGCCUGGCGGAAGCGCAAGGACGUCGAUGCCGCGCUGAGCCUCCUCAACGAGACGCUCACCCUGCACAUCACGGCGUUCAAGGCUGCGGUGGGCUACGACUUCUUCAUCAAGCUCAACGCUGAUUUCAUGUUGGAGAUCGCCAAGGAGUACCUCCAGCACACCAUCGGCGCGCCGCCCGCCGAAGGCUCGAAGCCCGGCGGCUACCUGCUGCGCGGCAUCCAGGUCCUGGAGACGCUCACGAGGUUUGUGCCCGGGCUCGUGCCCGCGCAAGUCCUGCUCGCCAAGGCCAAGAUCGCGCUGGGCGAGGUGGACGAGGCCACCCGCAGGCUCCACCAGUGCCUCCGACUGGACGCUACGAACUCGGACGCGUACCUCCUGCUGGCUCGCGUGUACUACAGCAAGGACCAGUCCCCGACGGCGCUCCAGUACCUGGAGCAGGGCCUCAGCCACGACUUCAGCGUGCGCAACCACCCGCUGUACGCGCUGGUCAAGGCCCAGGUGCUGGUGUCCUCCGCCGAGCUGGAGCCAGCCGUCAAGGUGCUGGAGAACGCCAUGGAGAUGCCGGGUGUGAAGACCGUCGGCACGGACGUUCGCCAGCAGCAGAACAAGACCGUAGUGCUGAGCGUGCAGGACCGGGCGUCGCUGUUCACCCUCCUGGUCUCCGUGCUGACCAGGCUGAAGCGCCUGCCGGAGGCCACGGAGACGGUGAAGCACGCCAUCGCGGAAUUCGCGGGCACCUCGGAGGAGGUGAAGGUCCUGGUGGCCAACAGCCAGCUGGCCAUCGAGAAGGGCGAGAUCGACCAGGCCAUCAACAUGCUGAGGACCCUGAAGCCCGACCACCCCCAGUUCGCCACGGCGAAGGCCGCGCAGGCGGACAUCUACCUGAAGCACCGGAAGGACAAGAAGGCCUACGCGCGCUGCUACAAGGCCAUCAUCGACCAGCAGCCCACGGUUCAGAACUAUCUGACUCUCGGCGACGCCCUGCUUGCGAUACAGGAGCCCACCGACGCCAUCAAGGCGUUCCAGCAGGCCAUGGAGGUCGACAAGUCGAAGGGUGACCCGUCCCUCGUGCGGAAGAUCGGCAAGGCCAUGAUGCAGACGCACGACUACGAGCAGGCCAUCCGCUACUACCACGACGCCCUCAGGCGGCGGGAGGGUCAGAUGGAGCUGCGGCAGGAUCUGGCGAAGCUGUACGUGCGGCUCCAGCGCUGGGACGACGCGAUCGCGGAGCUGAAGGAGGCAAAAGACACCGUCAUGGACGACAGCCCAAAGGCGAAAAGGUAUAAGAUAGACGUCCUCGUCGAGCUUGCGAAGGUGCACCGCCACUCCGCCGACGCCCGCGCGGCCGCUGGCGGCGCCUCGCAGUCCGCCGUGCCCGAGUGCUCGGAGUGCCUCCGGCAGGCCCUGAACCUGCUGAACGACAUGCUCUCCCAGGUGCGCGUCGAAGACGAGGAGAUGGUGAAGCAGCUGAAGCAGGAGAGCGCCGAGCUCAACUUCAUGCUGGGUGAGUACUACGAGACCCGGGAGCGCAACAUGGAGUACGCCGUCGGGUACUACGGCGAGACCUUGCGGCACGACGACGGGCACGAGAAGAGCAUACUGGCGCUCUCCCGGAUCCACCUUAACAAGAACGAGCUGGACAUCUGCGAGAAGCAGCUGAUGCAGCUCCUCCGCGUGGACCCAGCCAACGAGGAGGCCUCGAUGCUGAUGGCCGAGCUCAUGAUGAUGCUCGCCGCCAACGGCAGCCGCAGCGACGGCGGGGCCCAGGAGUACAAGGACGCGACCUUCUACUACCAGGCCCUGCUCGAGAAGAAGCCCUGCAACUACAACGCGCUCUCCAAGCUGAUCUUCCUGCUGCGGCGCUCCGGCAGGCUGAAGGACGCCCCGAAGUUCAUCUCUGCCGCCGAGAAGGCGUGCACCGGCGCGCCGGACCGGGAGGCGGGCCUGCGCUUCUGCAGGGGGGCCUACUACCGGUGGGUCAACAAGCCGCAGGACGCGCUGGUCGAGCUGCACUACGCCCGGCGCGACCCGGACUUCCGCGCGGAGGCGCUGCACCACAUGAUCGAGAUCUACCUGAACCACAACUUCGACCCCAACGCCGGCAUGGAGGCGCUCGACAACGCCUCGGAGGUGUCCAUGGAGCACCUGAAGGAGGUGGACACCCUCAUCAAGGAGCUCAGCCUGGCCCAGAAGCAGGCCUGGAACCCCCGACUCAAGGUGUACCAGUGCCAGAGCCUCAUGUUCACAAAGCAGAAGGCCAACGUGGAGCGCGCCCUCAACCAGCUGAUGGACAUCUACACGGACAAGAAGGACUACGUCCCCGCCCUGCUGGCGAUGUCCCAGGGGCUCAUCAUCCAGAAGCAGGUCACAAAGGCCAGGAACCAGCUGAAGCGCAUCGCGGACCUCGCGAAGAAGGGCUACAGCGCAGAGUUCAUGGACGACUUCGAGAGAGCGUGGUUGCUACUCGCGGAGAUCUACAUCCAGUCGUCCAAGUAUGAUCUAGCCUCCUCUCUGUGCCACCUCGCCAAAGAUCACAACAGAUCUUGCGGAAAGGCUUGGGAACAGUUAGGCCUAAUCUACGAGAAAGAGCAGGCAUACAAGGACGCAGCGAUACAUUACGAGAAGGCGUGGGAGUUCUGCAACGAAUCUUCGCCAUCCGUCGGGUACCGGCUGGCCUUCAACUACUUGAAGGCGAAGCGGUACGUGCCGGCAAUCAACAUCUGCCAGCAGGUCUUAAAGAUCUCGGAGAAUUAUCCGAAGAUCAGGAAGGACGUGCUUGACAAGGCGCGAGGACUUCUGAGGUCUUAGCGGUGGCACGCUCUCUCCCUGAAAUAUCGGGCCUCUCGCGCCUGCACCCUGUCUGCGUACCUGCAUGCAUGUAGUGCUGCUGCUCCCAGAAAG